GUAGCACUUGGAGCAAAAAAUAGUAAAAGCUAAGAAAGGAAGCAUCAUCAUCAUCAUCCACUUAAGAGUUAGGAGCUACAGUAUAAGCAUACAAGGUGAGCAUGUACUUUAGAUAGGUAAGGGUUUUUCAUUGAUUUGUACUGUGAUGGGAAACUACUGAAAAGUGUGUAGGAAACAAGUGCUUUGAAAGGGGGACAGGAAAACACAUGGAUUUGAACAUUUGACCUAUAGUUCAGUGUAUGAAGUCAUGAAAAUGCAUUUUAAGCAAGGAGGUCAGAUACGCAUACUUUAGAUAUCAGCAGGAAAUUUCAGUGGUAAACCUUGAAAUGGAUGGACAGAAACACAAUAUAUAGGUGCCCUUCAAAAUAUUUUAUUUCCAUCUUUGAAAAGAGUUUGCACUGUUAUGGAAUGGAGUCAUUUCAGCAGUGGGGAUACCUUUGAAAAAAAUUCCUUCAGGGAAUCUUAGAAACCCAAGAAUUUGAGCAGACAUCAGAAGAAUUCAUCCUAAAAACACGAGAGGAUCAGUGGAACCUUGACCAGCAGUGAGGAAUCCACCUUCUGCCCAGAUCAAACACUUCUUCAUUAGGGUCUCAGCUGACUUUGACCAUCAUGAGAACUGUAGUGCUGUACAAAAUGACUAGAUUUGGUUGAUCUGGUGGUUAGAAGAGGAAGUUAAGCCACUGGGUCUUGAGCUAUGAAGAUGUAUGAUGGCAAUGCCGUAUGUUUUUCUCCGUGACUUCAUGGUACAUCGUACAGCCGUUGUAAUAUACACAUCGGGAGUAACAUUGUUCUGGGUAUGUUGAAUGCAAAACUUUCGUGAAUAUUUGAGUACUUAUAUUUGAAAACGAAGUAUGGCUUCAUUAUAAUCAUGGCUAAACACGCAAUUUUACUUAAGGACGAACUUUACGCGAAAUUUCCAAACAGCUUUGGCCAUUUUUCGCGUUACGUUAAAUUGUGCUUGAUUAGGGGCAAAACGAAAGCAUAUAAUUAAUGUUUGUUCCCCCUCAUUAUCAUGCUUUUGCCGCCAAAAUGGAAUCAGGAGACAAAAACUUCCAGGAAGUUUUAUAUUUAACUUCCUGGCAGUAUCGGGACUAGCGCUAGUAAAAACUUAUUUUCUUUUAGAUAUUUAAAGUGUUUUUCACGAUAUUAAUAAGCACGUGAAAUCAAAAUCGUUGCCCUGAAUUAUUACUACCCUCCACAUUAGAAAUUGUUUUCGAUUCUUUCACUCGUAAUUUAGUAUAGUUCUUGCGCAGUUCUACUAACCGCAUCACAAAGGACUCCUUUCUGACUUUCAUCCACUCUGCGGCCCAACUAAGAUUCAAAUUGCAUCAUUACAGUGGUCGAAAACUCGCGAACCCAUAUCAAAUGGAAUUCUUCUGGGUCAAAUAAUUUCUCUUACACGUUUAAAAUGCAUUUGCAAGUGGUAUAACGACAGAUUUGCGGGUAAUACAAAUGGGCCGUGUGUGUACAGCGAGCGCGCGUCCACGUCCGCGUCAUGUGGUUCCCUCGAAAACCCGGAUUGGAUCGUGUCUGUCACCUGAGGGAACCAGCGUGAUCAUUCCUGCUCUAGUUCUCCUUUUUCCUGUGUAUAUUCCGCUUCUUCUACUGGGAAUGAAUGUGGUGACGGUGUGCCAGGUUAUUAUACUGGCCCUGAAACCAUUUAUUGCCAUUAUUGCCCUUUAAGUUCCUUUAACCUAUAUAGUUAUCAUUUAACCUUUAGUGGCGAUGAACGUGUUUACCGAAAGCCUACGCUCAAACUUCCUGGAAACAGUCUUGAACAUCUACCUAGAACACCCAAACCCGAAAUAAAAUACAUUGUCACGUUAACGCUAGCUCACCACUUGUUUGGAAAUUCAUCGAUUUGGCAAAUUCGAGUUUUCUGCAGUUGAAAGCGCAGGCAUAAUUCCCAGCAGCGGAAGAGAGUGAUUUGAUAGAUUUUUACCGCACACUCCGUGAGGAAAAACUACAGUAAUAGCGCUAGCGUGGCUCUCCAGCCACACUCUUUUCUGACAGCACACAGAGAACACGAACGCCGCGGUAAUAAACAACUCCAUCCCAUAUUUUGUUACCCGCAAGUGGCUGACAAGGACGGCGCGGCCAGCAACACAGCGGAUGGAUACGUAAAACGGAGCACGGCGCCAGGGGGGAGCCGACAGGGCGACGACGGGACGGAGGGAGGAAAGAAAGAAAGAGAGCGAACGCGAUUCUUCCCUGCUUCCUACCACUUAAACGACUAAACCAGAACGAAGCGCAAUAACCCGACGAGAAGGAAAAGGCUCCCGCGAAUUAUAAUCCCGAAAAAGAAGGCCGGACAGAGAAAGAGGACAAAAACAAACGCAGAAGGGGAAGCGACGCAGCGCGAACUCAGGCUCCGGCAGCGGUCUCCAUUUUAACUGCACGGCCGGUGCGCGCCUCACGUGUCCUGGACUGUGUCUCUCACAUGACCCGAGUGUUUGUCCCCGUGAUCAGCGCUUCCAUCUCCACGUCCGUGUCACUCAAUAUCGCGUUGUAAAUCCCGAGCCUCAUGGAUAUGCUCGAGCAGAGCCUGGACAGCGCUGCCAGCCACGAAAAACAAGAAGAAGAGGUUGUACAGAUAUCUGAGGGAGACAGUGCAGGGGGAGGGGAACAGGCGGCGGUUACCAUAGCAAGUGUACAGCAGGCAGCGGCAUUCGGCGAUCAUAACAUCCAGUACCAGUUCCGCACGGAGAACAGUGGUGGACAGGUAACCUACCGCGUUGUUCAAGUAACAGAUCAGCAAUUGGAAGGAGCGGACGACGGGGGCGGGGCAGUCAGCGUCGUUUCCACUGCUGCCUUUGCUGGGGCUCAACAGGCAGUUGCGCAGGCAGUGAUCCAGAACCCCUUCAGUAAUGGUGGCAGCCCAGCAGGGGACUCAGUUGGAGGGGAGACACGCUUCGCCUACUUCCCGGCCGCAGCAGUGAGCGACGGCACAGCUGUUUCGGUGCAAGCUGCUGCUGACCCAACGCUUGCACAAGCAGGGGGCCAGUUCUACGUGAUGAUGACACCACCUGACGUUCUGCCAUCCGGCACACCCCGAACCAUCGCUCCCCGCACACACCCUUACUCUGCAGAAGAAAACGAGAUGCUGCAACAUGACGGUUUAAACUGGAAAAUGGAUGGACCACGGACGCCACGGGACGAGAGGAGGAGAGCACAACACAAUGAAGUGGAAAGGCGGCGAAGAGACAAGAUCAACAACUGGAUUGUCACACUGUCCAAAAUCAUCCCUGACUGUAACAUGGACAGCAGCAAGACGGGAGCGAGUAAAGGAGGCAUCCUGUCUAAGGCAUGCGAUUAUAUUCGGGAGCUAAGACAGAACAACCAGAGGCUGCAGGAGAGCUUUAAGGAGGUGGAGCGGAUGCAGGUGGACAACGAACUUCUCCGGCAGCAGAUUGAAGAACUGAAGAAUGAGAACGCACUGCUCAGAGCACAGCUACAGCAGCAUGGAAUUGAGACAGUGGGAGAAUCCACACCGCAGUGAAGGAGGGCUCAGAGGUUCAGGGAGCAGGACUGGAGAGUGGUUGGCUUGGGUGGGAAGGGUGAGACGAGGACAUAUGCAACGCCCGGGGACAGACGGCAGGGACCUUGAGGAACAGUGAAGAAAGAGGAAUGACUACUGAAGAGCCAUUGCGCUCUCUGUCUCCUUUUUUAAACUUCUUCUCCGGGCGGAAAUGGAAACCCCAAGGAGAUACCAGUUGUGCUCGGGCUGCGCUGUCUCUGGGUUGGUGGCAGCAGGAACACCCUUUCCACAGAGUCACGCACACCAGCGCUGUGGCCAACACAUGAAGUCCAGUCCACUUCUCCCCAGUAUUUAUUUAGUUUUGAUUUAUGGACAGUGAUGAUUAAUUAUUGAGAUUUUUUUCCCCUUGGUUUAAUUUUCAGCAUACUGUGGGUUUAUUUAGUUCCUGCUUUAACUUUGUCUACUUUUGUGGUUUGUUACAUUCAUUGUUAACCUCUUUAUGGGGGUUGUAGCAAUCAUUGGUUUAAUUUAUUAGUCUAAGCAUAGAGUUACACAGCUGUGGAGGACUGCGGAAGCAGGACACUGAAAUCAAUGUAGCAUGGAGUCAUGCAGGAACCUGUUCAAGAAGGAUGGCUGCUGGUCAGUGGAACAGUAUGUCACAGCUUAGCACUCCGUAGAGCAGCGCUGUACAGCUGAACACUGCUCAGAGUACCAAGGAAAUGAGUCUUUCAUUUGGUCAGCAGUUUCUUAAAAAUGCAAUCAUUACAUGGCUCAAAAAUCACUGGCAUAGUCCAUCGAAUAAAAGUCCCAUGCUUUACAGCAUCCUUGCUGAUUUUGUGAACUCUACAAAGCAUGUUGUUGGAUAGAAGAGCUUUAAGCCUAACCACAAAUAAUUUUAUUAUUUAUAAAGUCUAAAUAUACAACCAGAGACGCUACAGAUUUGUAUAGUUUUUGUUUUAAUGCAGUAAAAUCUAUAUACCCCUUUUCCUCUUAACAGUAGAAACCUACAGGUACAGAUGACACUUUUCUAUAAGCUGUCAUCUUAACAGUUCUAUUAAAACUUUUUUUUAUUUUAUUAUUUUAAAUUUUCAUUCUGCUCUAUAGAAAGUCACUUGAUCCAGAUGUGAUGAUGAGGCAGAUUAUCCGGAUUAUUCUGGCCAACUGGAACUGUGAGCACUUAAACCUCAAAUGAAUUUCAUGUCUGGCUUGAAAUGGCUUGUUUUUAUUUUGGUCUGACUUCUGUGUGGAGUUUUGUCUGCGUUCACAAUUCGGCAUGUUUCAGGAGUCUUUAAGAAGAAAAUGCAAGUAUAAAAGCUUGUCAAGGAAGAUAAAGAGAUUUAUAAUGGUGAUUUUCCUUUGUUUAGCAGAAAUUUGGAACUUCCUUUUUAAAGCAGAUAUUGAUAUGUGCAUAAUGCUUUUUUGCUUUGCUUUUUUUAUGACCCUUUAUUUUAUAAAUCUGCAACUUGAGAAAUGGCAAGUAGGCAAAGCAACUGUGAGGUCUGUUGCAAUGGAAAUAGUGUAAAAUGCUCCUUGCAUUGAUUAAAAUGUGAAGAUUGAAAGACAUAA